AUGGAAUUCAGUCAAACUGAAAAAAAUCAGAAAAAUGGCAAACCUUUGAAAACUGAAAAAGCGGAGGCGAAACGGCCACUAAAACAAAAGUCGCCGAAAAAUAGGAAGCUUGUUAAGAGGGCGACGGCGAAAGAGAUGCCGAUGUUUAUUUUCACAAGCGAAGACCCAAAGUCGAUGACGACUAUACGAAGCUGGUACUGUACUCUACUGCGAAAAAGUAGCAAUCAGAACAACAUGAUGGAAAGAUUUCAAGAGGAGGCCUGCAACACUACCAUGCAAUCCCUACCGAACAUGUCCCCGCCCUGUGAAAUUGAUACAUGCAUGUACUUCAAUAAGACCAGAGAUUUAUUCACCAAAAAACCUAGUACCAUAAAAUACCCAGCUCCACUAACAAGUGAAGAAUGCGUGGCUGUACAUAUCUACACAUCAAGCUUUGCUUUUAAAUACAACUGCAACACCAGGAAAGGUUUUUACGAAUCAUACAAAGUUUACACAUCUCUCUUGCUCAGUGCUGGUAGAAAGAUUAACGCCAUGCCUCAGUACAAGUCCAAGCAUUCGCCGAAGAUACAACUCUAUAGGGACGGGUUGAAAAAAAAUAGAACAAUGACAGGAGGCAACGAGGAAGUGUACUCAGGCACGGAAAAGAACGAAUCAGCGGCUACAGAAUCGGACGCAGAUCAAAACCAAAAAUCACCAUCGCAAGCCUCAAAGAUGGCAUCGCCUGCCAUUUUUAUUAUCUUUGAACAAUUACUCAUUCGCUUCGUUGGGAUCAAGUAA